AAUCAACACUGAUACGUCUGCCCACACAAGAUUACAUCAAAGAAUAUGGCCUUUUCUGGGGGACAUAAUACAUUCAGUCCAGCACAACCCCCAAAGUUUACUAUCUGGCCUUUACAGAAAAAGCUUGCAGAGCCCUGCUCCUGGAGGGCAGGGAUGGAGUCUCCUUUGUCUUCAUAUCCCCAGUACCUAGCAGCACAAUGUCAGGCACACAUAAUGAUCAGUAAACAUUUGAGGAUUGAAGUAGGUGAUAUGAAGCCUUCCCUAUGUUAAAACUGUUUUGCCAGGUUUAUCCCAGACAUUGGCAUAUUGGAGAAGGAUAGUUUUAUUCAUUAAUCUUGUACCCAGAUUUCAUGGUGAUAGUUCUUUACUUUUUGAUUGCGACUUAGCAAAGUAUGGGAUGACAUACACUGCAAGUAAACUGUUUAAUGACCAAGCCCCUUCCUGACCUGUGCAGUUGCUUUCUGAAGUGUUUAUCCCGCCUGUUACCGGUUUCCGUUCUUGUUGGAUCAUGAUUUUUGGUGUUUUGUCCAGCUGUGGGAUCUUUCCAUUCUGUCCAUAGACAGUUCAUCUUCCUUUUUCCACCUCCCCAUCCUCCUUGGUUGGGGACUUUGGCUUGUGCCUCACAACUGUGGCGCUUAUCAUGCUGUACUUUUAUUUUUUUGUUUUUGUCUGGCAGAUAUCUUCCCCAAGCAUCUGUCUGGGUUCUGGAGCACAGAGUACUGAUGACUGAAGGAGAGUUGUGUCCCCUGGUGAAUGUCUCCAGGCAGAUUGGGAGCGGUGCCGAGAAAAAUUUCCUUACUAGAUGACAUUUCAUCGCAAUGUCCGAUCGUUUGGGGCAAAUAACCAAGGGCAAGGAUGGGAAAAGCAAGUAUUCGACUCUCAGCCUGUUUGAUAAGUAUAAAGGAAAAUCAGUAGACGCAGUCAGAUCCUCAGUCAUUCCUCGACAUGGCUUACAGAGUCUUGGGAAAGUUGCCACAGCCCGGCGUAUGCCACCACCUGCAAACCUGCCAAGCUUGAAGUCUGAAAACAAAGGAAACGACCCCAACAUCGUUAUAGUACCCAAAGACGGAACAGGAUGGGCAAACAAGCAGGAUCCGCAAGACCCAAAGAGUUCCAGUGCAACGGCCUCUCAGCCGCCGGAGUCGCUGCCGCAGCCGGGUUUGCAGAAAUCUGUCUCCAAUUUACAGAAACCGACACAGUCGAUCAGUCAGGAGAAUACAAAUUCAGUGCCAGGUGGACCAAAGUCAUGGGCACAGCUGAAUGGAAAGCCAGUAGGACCCGAAGGUGGUUUAAGGGGCUCAAGCCGACUAUUAUCCUUCUCUCCCGAGGAAUUUCCGAUGCUGAAAGCAGCUGGAGGGCAGGACAAGGCUGGCAAAGAAAAGGGCGUCUUAGAUCUGUCGUAUGGGCCAGGACCAAGCCUCCGCCCUCAGAAUGUGACAAGCUGGAGGGAGGGCGGUGGGCGAAACAUAAUUUCUGCCACGUCUCUGAGCGCCUCCCCAACUGAGCUGGGCAGCAGGAACUCGAGUACGGGAGACGGAGCCCCCUCCUCGGCAUGUACCAGCGAUUCUAAGGACCCCUCUCUCCGCCCGGCUCAGCCUGUCCGAAAAGGGGCUUCACAGUUCAUGGGAAAUGUAUACCACCCACCUACAUACCAUGACAUGCUUCCUGCUUUUAUGUGUUCGCCACAGUCAUCAGAGAACCAGGGUACAGUGGAACGAGGAUCUUAUCCCCUUCCUCAGCUCCGCCUUGAACCCCGUGUUCCUUUUAGACAGUUCCAGAUGAAUGACCAAGAUGGAAAAGAAAGACUGGGAAUGACUCGCCCCAUCCGUCCACUAAGGCAGCUGGUGGAACGGGCACCACGUCCUACCAUCAUCAAUGCAGAAAAUCUGAAAGGCCUCGAUGAUUUGGACACCGAUGCUGAUGAUGGCUGGGCAGGCCUUCAUGAAGAAGUUGACUAUUCUGAGAAAUUGAAGUUCAGUGAUGAUGAAGAGGAGGAUGAAGUUGUGAAGGAUGGCAGACCAAAAUGGAACAGUUGGGACCCUAGAAGGCAGCGGCAGUUGUCAUUGAGCUCUGCCGACAGUACUGAUGCCAAGCGUACCCAGGAGGAAGGAAAGGACUGGGGCGAAACAGUGGGUAUGCCCCGUGUUGUCCGAAAGGUGCCAGAAUCUCAGCCACCUUCCAGGAAACUUCACGGCUGGACAUCAGGCCCUGACUAUCAGAAGUCCUCAAUGGGCAGCAUGUUCCGGCAACAGUCGAUAGAAGACAAAGAGGACAAGCCACCUCCGCGGCAGAAAUUCAUACAGUCUGAGAUGUCUGAGGCUGUGGAACGAGCCCGAAAGCGCCGAGAGGAAGAGGAGCGCCGAGCCCGGGAAGAGAGGUUGGCUGCCUGUGCUGCCAAACUCAAACAGCUGGAUCAAAAGUGUAAGCAGGCCCAGAAGGCAAGCGAGGCCCAUAAACAGGUGGAAAAGGAAGCUCCCUGCUCUCCAGGCACUGAGAAGGCUCCCCUGCAGGAGAACGGCCCUGCUGUCUGCAAAGGCUCCCCAGAGUUCCCUGCCCAGGAAGCCCCCACUACAUUUUCAGAAGAAGGACCAGUAGCUCCUCCAGCUGUGGCUCAGAGCAGCAGCAGUGAGGAAGAAGCCAGGGAAGCUGGGUCUCCUGCACAGGAGUUCAGCAAGUAUCAGAAAUCACUUCCUCCCAGAUUUCAGCGUCAGCAGCAGCAGCAGCAACAACAACAACAACAGGAGCAGCUGUAUAAGAUGCAGCACUGGCAGCCAGUGUACCCUCCGCCUUCCCAUCCACAGCGCACCUUUUACCCGCACCAUCCCCACAUGCUGGGCUUUGAUCCCAGAUGGAUGAUGAUGCCUUCCUAUAUGGACCCACGAAUCACACCAACUCGAACUCCAGUUGAUUUCUACCCCUCAGCUCUACAUCCUUCAGGAUUGAUGAAACCCAUGAUGCCCCAGGAUUCCCUCAAUGGGACUGGCUGUCGCUCUGAGGAUCAGAGCUGUGUGCCCCCACUCCAAGAAAGAAAAGUGACCACCAUUGAUCCAGCCCCUGUGUGGAGUCCAGAGGGCUACAUGGCAUUACAGAGCAAGGGGUACUCUCUCUCCCACCCAAAAUCGAGUGAUACUUUGGCUAUGGACAUGCAUAUCAGGAAUGAAAGCUCUUACUCUGCCUCACCUGGAAGGUCAGGGGGUGUAAGUGCCCAGCGCAAUCUCUUUGAGGAGAGAGGGGAGGAAUACUUGAGUGCUUUUGACAAGAAGGCCCAAACAGACUUUGACAGCUGUAUCUCUUCUCAAAGAAUAGGCCAGGAGCUUUUGUUUCCACCCCAAGGAAAUGUUCAGGAAGCAGGUGCUCCUGGAGGUCACUCCCCAAACCUCAGAUGUUCCCCAUUGGAGCCCGACUUUGUCACAGCUGAGAAAAAGCCAGAGUAUAGCAAUUGGGACAUUAGCCACCAGCCAAAGGACACUGACACAACCAAUGGUGUGGAAAAGGAGACAUCCCAAGAGGGGCCCUCCUUUAAUGUCUCCUCUUGGGAGAAGGAAGGGAGCACCAACAAACAGCCAGCCUCAGAGCCUGAGUGGACUGCUGAAAUCCAGAGCUCUGGGAACCAGCAUCAGGAGCAGACGAGCCGGACCCGGAGGUCUGGGCCCAUCAAGAAACCCGUUCUAAAAGCCCUCAAGGUAGAAGAUAAGGAAAAAGAACUAGAGAAGAUUAAGCAGGAGCUAGGAGAGGAGAAUGCCCGUCUGGCCAAGGAGAAGGUGCCACUUGGCAAGGCAGAAAAGGAUGAGGACGAAGAGAAUGACUCUACCCUGGCCAACUCCACCCCUGUCUUGGAGAACAAGGGCUCCUCCCAUGCUAGUUUUGGCCACGAGGCCAACAAGUUUGAAGGGGAUGAGAAGCCUGACAGGACCUGGGAGCCUAGAACAUCACGAGAGUCCAGCGAUAUUCCUCCAACAAAGAGAAAUAACUGGAUUUUUAUUGAUGAGGAACAGGCCUUUGGGGGCAGAGGGCAGAACAGGAGCCGGGGACGUAGCUUCAGAGAAUUUACUUUCCGUGGUCGGCCUACUGGUGGAAAUGGAAGCAGCAUCUGUGGUGGGGAGAUCCUUGGGGCUCGGGGCAUCUAUAACAGCCAAAGAAGUAGCCGAGGCCGAGGAAUGAGAGAGUUUAAUCAGCCUGAAGAUUUCCCCAGAGCCAAACCCCGGCGAAGAAUUGCCAGCGAAACCCACAGCGAGGGCUCAGAGUAUGAAGAACUUCCCAAGCGGCGUCGGCAAAGAGGCUCCGAAAAUGGGAAUGAAGGCUCACUCCUGGAGAGAGAGGAGAGCACUUUGAAGAAAGGUGACUUUAAAGAUUCCUGGCGGUCUAACAAGAUGUAUUCUGAUGACCAUAAUGGUCUGGAUGCUAAGAAUAGAGGCCCUCGGGCCUUUGGGCGAGCCCUCCCACCCAGGCUGAGCAAUUGUGGAUAUGGGCGGAGAACCUUUGUGUCCAAAGAGUCACCGCACUGGCAGAGCAAAAGUCCUGGCAACUCCUGGCAGGAAUACGGCUCUUCAGACACAUGUGGAUCCCGGCGAUCUACAGAUAGAGACUAUAUCCCAGAUUCCUACAGACAUUCUGAUUCAUUUGGUGGCAGGGGCUUCGAGGACAGCCGCUUGGAGGACAAAAGGUCCUUCUUCCAAGACGAACAUGUGGCAGAUUCUGAAAAUGCAGAGAACCGGCCUUUCCGGAGAAGGCGCCCUCCCCGCCAAGACAAGCCCCCUCGCUUCAGACGCCUCAGGCAAGAACGUGAAUCAUUGGGCCUUUGGGGGCCUGAGGAGGAGCCCCAGCUGGUGGCAGGUCAGUGGCCAGGCAGGUCCAAACUAUGUUCUGGGGACAAGAACAAUGCUGUUGGUCACCGGUCCCCUGAGCUCUCAUACCAGAACUCCUCUGAUCAUGCCAAUGAGGAGUGGGAAACAGCCUCUGAGAGCAGUGACUUCAGUGAGAGGCGGGAGCGGCGAGAAGGCCACAUGGCUGAGCUGGACUCCCAGGUGGACAGUGGCCUAUCUGGGGCCAGUAUGGGUGAAAAGAAGGAGUUGGCCAAGAGGAGCUUCUCUAGUCAGAGACCCCUGGUUGACAGACAGAGCCGAAAGCUGGAGCCCGGAGGGUUUGGGGAGAAGUCCAUUAGGCCAGGUGGUGGUGAAACUUCUCCCCGUUAUGAGAGCCAACAGAAUGGGACGCCUUUGAAAGCCAAAAGGUCCCCAGAGGAGGCCUUGUCUGGGGGUCUUGGUGGCUGCAACAGUGGGAGUGGCCACUCGCCUUACACCCUGGAGCGAGCAGCCCAUGCCAACUCAGAUAUUCCUGAAGUCUCCAAUAAGAAGGCAGAGAAGGAGUCCAAAUUGGCUGCUCAGAGAGCAGGCGAUCAGGGAGAGACCAUGAAACAGUUUGACCUGAACUAUGGAAAUGCCAUCAUUGAAAAUUGCGGGUCCAGCCCUGGGGAGGAGAGUGAGGUGGGCUCUAUGGUGGGUGAAGGCUUCAUCGAAGUCCUGACCAAAAAGCAGCGCCGCCUACUAGAGGAAGAGAGAAGAAAGAAGGAACAAGCCGUGCAGGUGCCUGUCAAAGGUCGAGGCCUUUCCUCCCGUAUUCCUCCUCGGUUUGCUAAAAAGCAAAACAACUUGUGCCUGGAGCAAGGUGAUGUGACUGUGCCUGGCAAUAGUUUGGGCACCGAGAUCUGGGAAAGUAGCAGCCAAGCACUCCCGGUUCAGACCUCAAACAGUGACUCCUGGAGUAAAGCCGUCACUGCCUUCAGCAGCACCGAGCCUGGCUCUGCAGAACAGGGUUUUAAGAGCAGCCAGGGAGAUAGUGGCGUUGACUUGAGUGCCGAGUCUCGGGAGUCGUCCGCGACCUCCUCGCAGCGCAGCUCCCCGUAUGGUACUUUGAAACCAGAGGAGAUGAACGGGCCCGGCCUGGCGGAACCCAAGGCCGACAGUCACAAGGAGCAGGCUCAGAAGCAAUCUGAGCAAAAGGAUUCAGAACAAGGCUCAGGACAGAGCAAGGAGCACAGACCAGGACCCAUCGGCAAUGAGCGUUCUCUGAAAAACAGAAAGGGCUCGGAGGGGGCCGAGCGGCUGCAAGGGGCCGUCGUCCCGCCUGUUAACGGGGUAGAGAUUCACGUCGAUUCCGUGCUGCCUGUGCCGCCCAUUGAAUUUGGAGUAAAUCCAAAAGACUCUGAUUUCAGCUUGCCACCUGGUUCUGCUUCUGGUCCUGUAGGGAAUCCAGUUGUCAAACUUCAGGAUGCCUUGGCCAGUAAUGCAGGGUUAACACAGUCUAUUCCCAUCCUCCGGCGGGAUCAUCACAUCCAGAGGGCCAUUGGCCUCUCCCCAAUGUCCUUCCCCACUGCCGACCUCACUCUGAAGAUGGAGUCUGCACGCAAGGCUUGGGAAAACUCCCCGAGUUUGCCAGAGCAGAGCUCUCCAGGAAGCGCUGGUUCAGGCAUCCAGCCUCCGUCCUCCGUGGGAGCCUCCAGUGGGGUCAGCUACAGUGCUUUCGGUGGAGUCUCCAUGCCACCCAUGCCCGUGGCCUCUGUAGCACCCUCUGCUUCUAUUCCAGGCAGCCAUCUCCCGCCUCUGUAUCUGGAUGGCCAUGUAUUUGCAAGUCAGCCCCGGCUGGUUCCUCAAACGAUACCUCAGCAGCAGAGUUACCAACAGGCUGCUGCUGCCCAGCAGAUUCCAAUUUCCCUUCACACAUCUCUGCAGGCUCAAGCUCAGCUUGGACUGAGGGGAGGGCUUCCUGUCUCCCAGUCUCAAGAGAUCUUCAGCUCUUUACAGCCCUUCAGAUCUCAGGUGUACAUGCACCCCAGCCUGUCGCCACCCAGCACCAUGAUCCUCUCUGGAGGCACAGCCUUGAAGCCUCCAUACUCGGCGUUCCCAGGCAUGCAGCCCUUAGAGAUGGUGAAGCCCCAGUCAGGCUCACCCUACCAGCCCUUGAGCGGAAACCAAGCCCUGGUCUACGAAGGCCAGCUUGGCCAGGCUGCCGGUCUAGGCGCCUCCCAGAUGUUGGACUCCCAGCUCCCACAGCAGUUGACAAUGCCACUGCCUGGCUCCCAGCUUCCUCUGCCUCGGUAUGGGUCUGGUCAGCAGCCACUGAUUCUGCCACAGUCCAUUCAGUUGCCCCAGGGGCAGAGCCUCUCUGUUGGAGCCCCAAGAAGAAUUCUUCCACCUGGGUCCCAGCCUUCAGUCCUUAACACCAGCAGAGAGUCCUCUCAGAUGGAAAUGAAGGGCUUCCACUUUGCUGACAGCAAACAGAAUGUUCCUUCGGGAGGCUCUGUACCAUCACCACAGACCUACAGGCCUAGCUCUGCUAGCCCCAGUGGGAAGCCCUCUGGAUCAGCAGUUAACAUGGGCUCUGUGCAGGGACACUACGUUCAACAGGCCAAACGAGUGGAUGAAAAACCCAGCCUGGGAACUGUGAAACUGCAAGAGGCCCCCGCGGCUGCCUCCCAGAUGAAGCGAACCGGAGCAAUCAAGCCUCGGGCAGUGAAAGUAGAGGAGAGCAAGGCCUGAAGGUGCUCGGCCAACACCGCCACCUCGCCCCCAGAUGAGGACACUGCCGCCACUUGGCUCGACACAGCCGGAUGCUUGGGAAUCUCAUCAGAUUCACCGUCCACCUGCCUGGCCCGGACUGAGAGAUCUCCCUUCUCUUCUCCACUCCUGACAGCUCCAUUGUCCAGCCAGCUUGCACCCAUGGCUAUAUGGCAUUGACCUGCUUGCUUUAAUAUGAAACAAACAAACAAAAAGUAAACGACUCCUUCAUUCCCCUCUUUUCCUAUCCACCAUGACUGUGGAGUGACUCAAGCCUUUUGUGCAGUGCAGAUUUACACCCCCCUCCCUCAAAUCUCCUCUCCUGCCCACUUCCUUUCUCUGUCCUGCUCCUCACAGCCAGGGCACUUUCAGUGCUUCCCUUCCCUGCUUUGGCUUCCGGUCCAACCUAGCUGUACCCAGGCACAGUGGUUUGGCAGCAGGGUCAUUUUAAUUUGAGUCUUUUUGUUUUAAAAAGCAGCUGUGGUUUUUAUGAGAGGGAAAGAAAAAGAAAAAACAAAAACGCAAGCUGUGUCUAUAUAGCUGAACAUUUAUAUGUUCUUUGCCACCUCUCCCUUCCACCUCUUCUGUCUCCAGUAAUUUCCUGUCUCCAGUAAUUUCCUUAACCUCUUUAUUGUUUAAUUUGAUUAAUCACUGCAAUACCUUAAGAGAUGACUCUUAAGAGUACUCCUCCCUGCUCCCUCUUGGUUGGUUAACCUUUGAGGUUACUUGCAAAAAGAAGAGGUUAUUUAACGCACUGAUCAUGAGCAUUUUUGAUGUUCAGCUACAUGCUUUGGAAGCAGUGGUGUGAACAAAGCAUAAGGUAGAUUGACAUCUCAGUUGGGUUCCAGUCCCUGGCCUGAUGACCCCGGGGGGCUUAUGGGCAGUUCAGUGAAGCUGAUGGUGUUUUUUAGCAUAAGAAUUACACAGAAUUUCUGUCCUGGACUCUUUUAAAGCCAGUUGAUAUGCUGACUCUCCAGGCACCAGAGUUGAAUCAUGGAAAUACAGAAUUUCUGGUGUAAUCCAAAUUUUGCCUGGAUGAUGUGAGCUGACAGGACCCACAGGCCCUGACCAGCCUGCUCUCCUUCAGGGUCUUUCCACCACCCAGUCCCUCAGGAGCUGCUGUAUUUUCAUACUCACUUCUUUCCUCAAAGCCUUCCAUAAAUGUGUCAUUUUUCUUUCUUCUUCCCGAGCUUGCCUCUUUCGCCUGCGUUUCUUCCUAUCUCUCCACCUCACACAUAGCUUGUCACUAAAAAGAGAUUCACCUACAGUGUGACAAGUACGUCACACUGUGACAGGUUUUUGGUUGAGUCUGCAGCAAAGGUGUGUGGUCUGUAAGCCUGCUGGGAGUUACUCCUUUUUUCUCUUUUUCUUUGCUCCCAGCAACAGACCCAGGUUAUUGGGACAGAGGGACCUCCUGUGCUGGGCAGCUGGUGUCGUUCUCGCUGGUCUAUGCAGACAAUGGGGGCAGGGUUCCAAGGUGAAUAUGGCCUCGUCAGGCCAGCCAGGUUCCCAAGCAGCCUGGGCAGCCUCCAAAAAAGGACAGCAUCUGGUCUACAGAGUAACCUCUAGAAAAAUUGUGUGUGAGCCAUUUUGUGCUAUUGUUUUUUAAAAUAAGAAACAAGGUAAUCAUCCUAGAUUCUGUCAUUCCAAGGAAAAGAGAGGAAAUUUCAGUUCCUCAGAUGUUUUUAGAGUAACUAAUCUGCCAUUUACCUAUAGAAGGAGGGUCCAAAGAAGACUUGACUCAGAGAACGUGCAGUAGGAAGGCCGGGAUGUGCCCAGGCAGAGGCAUCCCUCCAGCAGUCAUCGGCUGCACUGGGGUCCUGGGUGGAGUCGGUGUCACCCUCGGUGUGUGACAGCCACUCUGCCUCUGGGUUCCGAGCUCCAUGUCUGUAGUGUAGCAUCCCCUGUCCUCCACUUGUCCCCACAAAGCAUGGAGAAAGAAGCUUCUGAAGAACUGUGGAAUUAACUUGUUGCUGUCUGCUGUUUUAAGGAAGUGGGGGAAUAACCUAGCAAAGGGUUCUGGUGUCUCAUCCCUGGUUUCAUCUAGGGAAGGGGCAGUUUAAUUGAGAAAUGCUUCACAGUUUAAUCUAUAAAUUUUAGCAAUUCACCUUCUUGCCCCCCACCCUCAGUGGUUGCUUUUUAUGUUUUUUUUCUUUGCUGCUUCAUCUCCUGUAUCUUAACUCUUAAGUCCUUUCUCAAAGGGCAGCCCACACUUGGAGUGACUGGCACUCGUCUAGUCUGUGUCCCUCAUCCGCUUCUUUUCUUUCCCAUGCAAGCAUCCUCAUUGCUGUGCCUGUGAUGAACCAUGCCCCAACUGCAGCUCCUCUCUGCCCCCCAUCCUGCCAUCAUUGCCACGCUGUCCCUGGAUGAGUCUGGGUCUGCUGAAGCCACACAAAUUCAUCUCUGCCUGUACAGUUUAGAAAUACAUCCACUACACCUAAUUCCGAUGUGCAUUUUCAAACGAAGAAAAAGAUUUUCUUCUCAAUUUGAAAUUCAACAGAACAGUCCUGGAUGCUGUUAAAAACAUGUACCCUUCAGGUGUACCUGCCUUCGGAAUGAUAGUACUUCCUGUUUGAGAAAAGAAAAUAAAAACAGAAAGGUCACCUGUU